UCACUGUUCAUGCCACUCUCUCUUUACGGCCCGCCAUUUACUCGUUUCACUCACGCUCUCACAUGGCUCCCCAUUAAUAUAUAGCGCCACCACCCCCCCGCUCCAAGCUCCAAGAACACCACCCACACUCGCCGCUCACUCCCAGACGCAGUGCACGGUGCACCUUCCUCGCUCUAGCCAAGCGAGCCGGUAGCUCGGUAGGACUGCCACUCCAUGUCGAGCAAGCCGUCGUCCAGGAGGGGCAGCUUCACGAUGCGGCAGCCGCCGGUGGUGGACGUCGGCUGCAACUGUCGCCGGCCGAAGCUCUUCUCCAGCCUCUUCUCCUCGUCCUCCCUGCCGUUCCGCGGCAGGGGCGGCAAGCCCAAGUCGCCCAACGCCUCCUCCACGUCCACCACGACGGCGUUCACGGCCACCACGCUGGGCGGCCGCAGCGGCACCACGGCCACCUCCGCCGACUCCGCCUCCUGGGGCCCCGCCUCCUUCACCAACAACUCGCUGUACGAGGACCCGGCGGCGCGCAACCGUAGUCGCCAGGAUGAGCCGGAGCAGGAGACGCGGCGGCGGCGGAGGCAGCGGCGGCGUCGCAGGCGCGCCGCCUGGGACGGCAGCGGCGGGCAGGAGGAGCAGGAGGCGGGGGCGCACGGGCGCGUGGCGCGGGAGAGCGUGCCGGUGGCGGUGGAGUCGGCGGAGCCGUACGAGGACUUCCGGGAGUCGAUGGUGCAGAUGGUGGUGGAGAAGGAGAUCUACGCGUGGGACGACCUCAACGACCUGCUCACCCAGUUCCUCACCCUCAACUCGCCGCGCCACCACCCGCUCAUCCUCCACGCCUUCGCCGACCUCUGGACACGCAACGGCCUCUUCUCCCCUCCCUCGCCAUGCCAGUUCUAGCUAGCCUCCUACUCCUACUGCUAGUGCUAGCUAAAAUUAAGCUAGCCGGGCGCCGCCGGUCGGCAUUACACCGCCACGGCGCCAUGCACGCACGCAUCCAUCCACGUCAUACUUUCACCACUAGUACCUACUCCUGUUUAUUGCUUACUGUAACCAUUAUUAUUAGUGUUGUAAUUCCUACUAGCACCUGAUCGAUCGUCAGCUUGUUAACUAGUGUAGCUACUCCUCCAUCACUCCAUGGCCGGCCGGGGGAGGUUAUUAACGGCGACCCCGGCCGGCCGGCGAGAUGCGCCUAGUCUUCAGCUCAAGCUAAGCUGAGACGCUAGCAGGCAUGAUGGUGUAAUCCGAUUCCAAAUCAAUGUAACCGUUGUUCAUGUAACGAACGUAAUGUAAUGAUGCGCGCGCGUGGCGCCAUGGCGCCAUGGCGUUGUAAUGAUAUUACUACUGUUGUUGUUACUACA